GUCGAGGAUAGCGUCGCGGUCUCGACUGAUAUUUGGGCUAGGGACCUACGGGCCUUGUUUGAGCAUGCCAAAGAUCGAUUCGGUGAUGUGUCUUGGGAAAGUGAGGAUGGUGGGGAGAGGAUAUGGGGACAUAAAGCUGUGAUAUACGCCCGGGCCCCUAAAGCUUUCAAAGAACAAUACUUUAUAACCCGAUCUCUCACUCGUUCACCUUCUCCCGCCAAUGGUUAUUUUCUUCCUCCACUUUUCCCUUCCUCUAGACCGUCUUCACCUCCUUCCUCCUUCCGUCGCCCGAGCACAAUAGCCGCCACACAAUCUUCCCUUUCCGUCGCAUCACACGCCUCUGACAACACCCUUCGCGCCCCUUCCACAGGUCCAGAUGGUAUACUCCGUCUCACACAUGGUGAUACCCCUGAAUUGUUCCAAGCUCAACUCGAAUGGAUCUACACAGGAGAAGGAUUUGGCAAUGUUGUCGAAUGGAUUUCCGCAGAAGAUGAAACUUCCAUCCCUGUACCUUCUACUUCAUCCCCUAACCCAGGUUUAGGUCUUGGUGGAUUAGCAGAAAGACGUGAGAAAAUGGGACAGGAUUUGACUUACAUGUGGAGAUCAAAGCUUUAUGCGGAUGUUAGAAUUCAUCUUUCACCAGAUCCUAUUUCAAUGUCGGACGGAUCAGAUUCUGAUUCUUCGGUCGACAGUUUAUCUUCAACUGCUAUUUUCACUUCUCAUCGAUUCAUCCUAGCAUCUCGAUCACCAUAUUUCGCUUCUGUACUCUUAAACCCUUCUUCCUUCCGACCUUCAACAGCAGACAUACAUCUACCAACUCCACCAUUUACACCCGCAGCGCUACACUUCUGUUUAGGAUAUAUGUAUGCGGGACAUUUAGAUUUCUCCAACAGGUCCUUUGAUCUCGGUACAGCGUUCCAGAUACACCGAGCGGCCGCCUAUCUACAACUCGACACGCUUAUAAAUGAAAUCGAAAGUCGGAUCGCAUGGGAUUUCUGUCAUGGUCUCGAUUGGGAGAAAUGUCAUUGUCGAAAAUGUGCCGCUCGAGUUGCCAGAGUUUGGCGAUUUGCUUCUGCUCCAGAGGUCGCUGCCAUCCGUCUCGCUUCAAGGACUAGGGCGUAUUUGAUCCGAGGGUGGGGAGAAACAUGGGGCAGAGAAGUGGGUUUAUUGGACAAAUCCGAUAGGGAAGCUCUUGUCAGAGAUGUGACUCGGACCAUCAGUCCUUCGAACGUCGUUUCUGCUUUCAAAGCUCUUUUGUCCAUUCGACAUCGAAUCGAAUCCGGGAUUCGAAUGAGGGGUCGGGAAGCUUCCGCGUGGGUAGACCCUCUCGAGACAAUGAUAGAUCAAGUGGAGACACAUGUUCGGAACGUCUUGAUCAAUCAAUUUUCUGUUGUAGCAGAAGGGGACGAAUUGUGGGAUCUCGUUUCUGGCAAAGAUUUCUCGACCGAUUUGCUAGAAUUGAUCAUGCGGGAGAUCGUCGCUGGAGUGGGGACAUCACAAGGGUGCGUAGAGGGUCCAAGAGUGUAUCAAGCUCUUGUUAGCAGUAUCCUUCUGAAAGUGGAUCCAGAUACCCUGGAGGCUGCGCUCUCACCAAGAUCAAGGAGUCGACAACAGGUCGAGAGUGCAAGAGAGGGUAUUUUGGCACAUGUGAGACGGAGAUGGAUGCAGGUUCGGGACGCGGGGGUUAUGACCACCGUUUCCACCCGGAGUAAAGCCCCUAUUCCUAGAAUAACGACACCGAAAAUCAACACGCCCAAGACUGAACCUGGUUCAAGUCGAAUACGAACUUCAUCCACAGCCACUACAGCUUCUACACGUAGUAGAAUUUCCACCCUCACUACUCGUGACACCAUCCCUCCCGUACCUACCAACCUAGUGAAACCUUCCCCUCCCGUUCCUAAACUAAAUCCAUCACGACUUGGUCCACCUUCCACCACAACCACCAGUAGAGCUUUCCCAUCCCGACCUUCACAUUCAUCUCAGCCUCCUACUACCAAAACCAAAAUCCGAUCUCCUUCCAGUUCCACAGACGAUGAUUUCGCUUCUGCUCCAAGCGCUCUCCCUAGUAUUCGUAUAACAGAAGGAACAACUCCAUUCUCCGGUCCUGGGAUAUCACUUCAUGUGGGAAUACCAUGUAUAGUAUCAUUGACCACCAAAAGAGCUCGUUUUAAAGCUCAAGUGAAAUAUAUAGGGACACUGGUAGGUCGUAAAGGUCCUUGGGUAGGUGUAGAAACGGAUGAUUUAACAAAAUAUGAAGUUUCAACUUUACCUUCUGGAGCAAUGGAUGGAAUACAUUAUUUUUCCCUUAGUUUACCC